AUGAGCAAUGACGACAAUUGUAUGAUCGAAGAAGAAGAAGAAGAAGAAGAAGAAGAAGAAGAAGAAUUAGCUUAUGAUUGCUCUGUAAUUUCAGUUGCUGGUCAAAGUAAACAUAAUUGUGGAUAUUGUAAAGGAAAAAAUACUUCUAUAUCGUUUGGUAUUUGGGCACAUGCUUUGACAUGUAGUGAUUAUCAAGAUUUGAUUGAUCGUGGAUGGAGGAGAUCUGGCAAAUAUUUAUAUAAACCUGAUCUUGAGAAAAGCUGCUGUCCUCAAUACACUAUUCGAUUAGACACAACAAGAUUUAAUCCUAGUAAAAGUCAAAAAAAGAUUAUUCAUAAAUUCAAUCGAUAUAUAAAAGGGAUUUGGGAUCCUACCACCAAAGAAGUUAAUGAGACAAAUAGUAAAGAUUAUAAUAAGAAAAAGCCAAAUAAUUAUGUUCAAAUACAAUCAUUACAAGACAUGAUUAAUAGUCCUGAAUUAGACAAAGAUAAUAAAUAUGAAUUUAAGUCUGAAUUAGAACCUUCUUCAUUUACAAAGGAAAAGUUUGAAUUGUAUACAAAAUAUCAAAUAAGUAUACAUCAUGAUAAAGAAGAAGAUAUAUCUGAGGCACAAUUUAAACGGUUUUUAGUGGACUCGCCUAUGAAGAUUGAAACUGAAGGUCAAAUUAAAUUUGGCUCUUUUCACCAAAAAUAUAUUCUUAAUGGCAAAUUGAUUGCUUUGGCUGUGAUUGAUAUAUUACCUAAAUGUGUAUCAUCUGUCUAUUUCAUAUAUGAUCCAGAUUAUUCAUUUCUAGGACUGGGUAAAUACAGUGUAUUUAAAGAAAUUAGUCUUGUUCAAAGAUAUAAUGAAAAUCUAUCUACUUUACAAUAUUACUACAUGGGUUACUAUAUUUAUACAUGCCCUAAAAUGAAUUAUAAAGGACAAUAUCUACCUUCAGAUUUAUUAGAUCCAUUGGACUAUAGUUGGUAUCCGAUAGAGAAGUUUAAAAAGGAAUUUGAGCAAAAGAAGAGCUUUGUUAGUUUUUGUGACGAGGAUGAAAAUCGAGAUUAUCCAGCGGGAUGGAUGAAUCCUAAAUCUAUUACUAAAGAUGACUUGGAACAUGUUUAUAUCUUUAUUGAUCGAGAAAGGAUUGCACCUUUAAAAUACAUUGUUCAAUUCGAAUCAUCACCAAAAUUUAGAAAAAGUAUGUUGGAUUAUAUUUGUUCUGUUGGAUUAAAAUUAGCUCAGAAAAUAUUUAUAACUUGA